AUGGGCUCCGGAAUUAUUCUCAAAACGCGUUUGCCUUUCCGUCCCAAUCCCGAGCCCCCUGCGAACAACAAUGUGACCGUUAGGAACCAUUGUUGCCGUCCGAAGGUCCAAAGGGAUGAACUUAUUGUGCAUCCAACCAUGAGCAUUGCCGAGAUACCAGACGACUCGCUGACUGAUAAUUUGAUGGGUCAGGGCUCCACCUGA